AUGCCUGGAGUUACUAUAAAAGACUUGAACCAGCAGGAGUUCAUCAGAGCUCUGGCAGCCUUCCUCAAAAAGUCUGGGAAGCUGAAAGUCUGCGAACAGGUGGACACAGUCAAGCUGGCCAAAUACAAAGAACUUGCCCCCUGUGAUGAGAACUGGUUCUACACAAGAGCUGCUUCCAGGGCACGGCACCUGUACCUCCUCGAUGGUGCCAGGGUUGGCUCCAUGACCAAGGUCUAUGGAGGAGAGCAGCGAAAAGGUGUCAGGCCCAGCCAUUUCAGCAGAGGCUCCAAGAGUGUGGCCCGCCGCUUCCUCCAAGGCCUGGAGGGGCUGAAAAUGGUGGAAAAGGACCAAGAUUGA